AUGAUGGAUUUGUGGCCGGUGAGUCGUCUGAUGAACCGCAUGAUGUACGAUACCAUGAGGGAUAUGGAUCGUUUUGAAAGAAGCAUUUUCCCAUAUUGGAGAGAAGCUGAUCAUUCUGUGCUUCAUGUGGCAAACGAAACCCAACAGCUUGUGAAUGACGAUAAGAAGUUCGCCGUUUCAUUGGAUGUUUCGCAGUUUCGUCCAGAACAGUUGAAUGUGCACUUGGAGGGGCGUGAGCUGACCAUCGAAGGCAAGCAGGAGCACAAAUCGGAGAACAGCGCCAUCAUAGAUAUUGAUCGCUUCGGUUAUUUCAGGUCAUUCACCCGCAAAUGGUUGCUGCCUGAGAAUGUCGACCUGGAGGCAAUUCGUACUCAGCUCGACGACAAGGGUCAUUUAUCCGUGGAAGCGCCAAAGAGUAUCGAGGGUCAGGCGCAGAAAAAAUCCAUCCCCAUCAUGGCCGCUCCUAAGAAGUAA